UUUAACUUAAAAGCUUCACCUGUGAUACAAAAUAUAAGAAUCUGAGUUUAUCAGAGUACUCAAUAGUAGCUAUGAUUGCAUCAUAUUUUCCAAAAUAUGGGGCCGUUUUGGCCCUCUUUGUCCUGAGUGUUGGCGCGCUGGACACUUUUACUGCUGCAGUGUAUGAGCAUGCUGUCAUAUUGCCAAACAGAACAGAAACACCUGUUUCGAAAGAAGAAGCUUUGCUCCUGAUGAACAAGAAUAUAGAUGUUUUGGAGAAAGCGGUUAAACUGGCAGCCAGGCAGGUAUUGCCCUUUUCAUAUUGGCUGGGAUAUCGUAAAGGAAACUUGGAACUUGCAGAAAUGUUUGGCUAUGCCCCAGUGCAAGAAAGACUCAGCUGCCUGGCCAAGGACAACUCUAUCUACGUUGUGGCAAAUAUUGGGGACAAGAAGCCAUGCAAUGCCAGUGACCCCCAGUGUCCCCCUGACGGUCGUUACCAAUACAACACUGAUGUGGUGUUCGACUCUGAGGGGAGGCUGGUGGCACGCUACCAUAAGUACAAUCUUUUUGCACCUGAAAUUCAAUUUGAUUUCCCCAAGGACUCUGAAUUGGUGACUUUUGACACUCCUUUUGGGAAGUUUGGCAUUUUCACUUGCUUUGACAUCUUUUCUCAUGACCCGGCUGUGGUGGUGGUGACAGAGUUUCAAGUUGACAGUGUGCUCUACCCCACGGCGUGGUACAACACGCUGCCCCUCCUCUCUGCGGUUCCCUUCCACUCGGCAUGGGCCAGAGCCAUGGGGGUCAACCUGCUGGCCGCCAACACCCACAGCACUCGCAUGCACAUGACAGGGAGUGGAAUCUACGCACCCGAAGCCGUCAAGGUGUAUCACUAUGACAUGGAAACCGAGAGCGGCCAGCUGAUGCUCUCGGAACUGAGGUCCCGGCCUCGAAGGGAACACGCCUACCCUGCACCUGUUGACUGGAGUGCUCAUGCCAAAGGUGUCAAGCCAUUCUCUUCUGAGCAGUCGGAUUUUCCAGGGAUGAUUUACUUUGAUGAGUUCACCUUCACGGAGCUUAAGAGAAAAGCAGGAAAUUACACAGUUUGCCAGAAAGACCUGUGUUGUCACUUAACUUACAGGAUGUCUGAGAAGCGAACAGAUGAGGUGUACGCACUAGGAGCUUUUGAUGGACUGCACACCGUCGAAGGCCAGUAUUACUUACAGAUAUGUACAUUACUGAAAUGUCAAACCACUGACCUGGGGACUUGUGGGGAGCCUGUGGGGUCAGCUUUCACCAAGUUUGAAGAAUUCGCUCUCAGCGGCACCUUUGGAACAAGCUAUGUUUUCCCACAGCUCAUUCUAAGUGGGAGUCAGCUUGCCCCUGAAAGACAUUAUGAGGUUUCAAGAGAUGGACGUCUGAGGAGCAGAAGUGGAGCCCCUCUGCCUGUCUUAGUUAUGGCCCUGUAUGGAAGAGUGUUCGAGAAGGACCCUCCACGCUUAGGGCAGGGGCCAGGGAAAUGUCAGUGACCCCUUCACCGUCCCUCUUCGAGGGUUAGCCUGGCAAGGAGAGGGAGGGGGAACACGAGAGCCCUUGGUGUCUGUUUAUAAGCGAUGUCAUACAUUUGCUGAAACAACAGAUACAGUUUUAAAAAACAAUAAAUGUGCACACAAAGCUCUUUCUUUGCGAAGUGAAGCCAUUCGCUCUUACAGCUUCAACCAGCUUUUCCGCGGCAAUAGAGUAUAUUUUAUUGGUGAGCAAAAUACUUUAAAAAAAUUUUUUUUUAUGAGAGUCAGUUUAGGCUGCAUUGUAAUGAUUAGAGGCUAUAUUAAAAACAAAACAGAACAAAAUAAAAAUAGUUUUAUUGAGUCCUAGAGCAAAAAUAUGUAUUCUUACGUUGGGGAUGGGGCAAUUUUCCCCUCUUUCUCUCUUAGUUUUUCUGGCUGGUGCUACCGGACUAAAGGGGUCCAUUUGUCUGCAUGCAUCAAAGCCCAGUCAAACAGGAGCAGGAGUUUGCAGCCAAGAAAGUAAAGGCUUAUUAGUUAAGGAAAUGGCACCAAGCCUUGCCUCGCAGGUAAAACAGCGUUCAAAGACCUGGCUCCCCAAUCACUAGACACGGUGGCUAAGGGAGCUGGGGUGUGGUCUCUCCUGACUGGUGGGGCCAGGGUAGGGAGUGAUUGAUCACUGUGUCAGGUCCUGAGGUCAGCCAGGCCAUUGUUCUGUCUGGUUUUGUGAGUGUGUAAUCAGUAAGGUUAGUUAGCUUUCAUGGAUCUGCGGCUGAAACACAACUGAAGUCAAGAUGUUAUCUUUAGCUUGGUCAAAACUCUGUUUCUAUGGUCAACAGACCUGAGGCUUUGUUCUUGAGAUAGUUUGAUGCUGACCAGCAUCUAAUGUUCUCAGGGCUUAAUGAUUAAAUAAAGCAAUGGGUGGGACCGACAGAAAGGAGCAAGGGUCGUGUUAAAGAAAUUAGGUUUCUGCACCUUACACAGGUCAAAUAAUUUAAAUGACAUACAGCAGAUUACAGGAGAAAAUCAAGUUUUAAUAAUGCACAUGGGAAAUUCACAGAGGCUUGAAAAUUCCAAAGACAUAAAGCAGAAUGCGGUAUGUAUGUCAGCAGAGCUAAGGAAGGGGAAAUAAGGCAAUCCACAGGGAGGUAAAGUUAUUGUUUAUAUGUUGAGCCACCUUGAACCAGUGGGUUGCAAAGAGGACUUUGAGCAAAUGGCCUUGCCAGGCUCCCCCCUGUCAGUUACACUUGGUUUUUAUGAACACACAGUCAUCUACACCAUAGCUCCCUUCCUGGGGCAAGUCUUUUGUCUAAGUUCUUUUAGGAAAUAAGGGUGAAGGUCAACGGUUCUUCACAGACCUUCUGAGCUUUGACCGUUUUCAGUUUGAAAUAGCCUAUGUGCCAGAGUGGCACAUCUCGGGGUGAUUCAUUCUGAACCUCUGUACUGACAAUGUAGACAACUUUAUCACAUAGAUUAAUGUCAAUAAAAAAAUUGACUCGGUGUUCUAGCCAUUAAGUAUUAAUAUUGUGGUCCCAGAGAAUAAACAUUUGCUUGAUGUGAACCCCAGAAAGGAAGUUACUUGCUGGGAUGGACUCCCAUGGUCAGCUGAGGGCCCGACUUUUAUAAACAAUAAGAGCCGAGCAGUAAUUUGCUGACUGGGGCUCCUCACAUACUCUGUGCACCCAGAAACCUCGGCUUCCCACACUGUGCCAGGUUGGUUCACACGUCUGAGUCAAUCACUGCAGGGAAACCCUGGCUUCAUCCUUCAGUCAGUGGACAGGGCCCGCCCUGCCCGCUAAAACUGCAUAAUUUGGAAAUCUCAUUUACAUAAAACACAACUAAAUGAGGAUGUGGGCUGCAACCUAUAAAGGGAGGCCUCCCCUUUGUCUCGAGGAAACACAAUUUAGGCUUCUACUUGGAUCUGUGUCUCCCAUGCUGCAGCUCCUUUUGCUCAAAUAAAUGCUUCUUAGUCUUUAUUACAGUCUAAAAUUAAUUUUGAUUUAUAAUAUCUAGGCAUAUAUAUUUAGUGACAACAGAGACAGAAUUCUAACUUUUAACCUACAUAUAAUUAUGACUCUGAUCCCACUUUUGAUCACCAACUACAAUUCUGACACCCAGUUCUGAUAUAUGGGGGUUUUUCCUACACCAGCAAGCAAUUCUCCAACACCAGCUGGGUGACCCACAACUCAGCUCAAUUCUGACACCAGGCGCCUAGAGGUAGCAAGCCUGCCCCCCACUUCAGGUGCCAGUUGCUAGUCCAGGUUGUCACCUGUGCUUCUGACUAACUGGCUGUAGAUCAGAGGUUCCAAUGGUGCCGUCCUUAGGUUUGAGCAGCUCACAGAACUCAAAAACAUUUUACUCACUC